CGCAGUGAUAGGACGCAUCACUGGCGGGGACGAGGCAGCCUACAGGAGAGAGGUGGCCUCUCUGGUGACUUGGUGUGAGGACAACAACCUCACCCUCAACACAGACAAGACCAAGGAAAUGAUAGUGGACAUGAGGAGAGAGAGGAGCCCUCAUCAGCCGCUGUUCAUCCGGGGUCUGGAAGUGGAGAGGGUGAGCAGCUUCAAAUAUCUUGGGGUCCACCUCAGCCAGGACCUCACCUGGACACUAAACACCACGCAGCUGGUGAAGAAGGCUCAUCAGCGGCUGUACUUCCUGAGGAGACUGAGGAAGUUCGGCAUGUCAUCAAAGAUCCUCAGCAACUUCUACAGCUGCGUUGUUGAGUCCAUCCUAACCAGCUGCAUAACAGUGUGGUACGGCAGCUCUACCGUCACGGACCGCAAACGCCUGCAGAGAGUGGUGAAGGCUGCGUCCAAGAUCACCAGGACUCCUCUGCCCUCACUGCAGAGCAUCUACAAGCGCAGGGUCCUGAGGAGAGCUGCUUCCAUCAUCGGAGACCCCACCCACCCCCAACGAGGUCUGUUCACUCUCCUUCCCUCGGGCCGGAGGUACAGGAGUGUGAAAUGCAGGACCAGCAGACUCAGGAACUCUUUCUUUCCCUCUGCCAUCAGACUCCUAAACAGCUGACAGGAGUCUGCAACAGCAGACUGCACCUUUGCACAUCUGGAUUAUUUAUCAUAUAUAUAUCAUUACUGGACUAUUCAGCAUUAUUAAUGCACCUUAAUAACUGCACAUGUACCCCACUAUCCAGUUCUGUCAGCCUCCUUUGCACAAUAACCGCUGUAAAUUGCACAACUGAUUUGUAAAUAUCUUAGUGACUUACAUAUGCAUAGUUUGUUUAUUUCGUAUAUAUACCUUGAGUUCAGUCAUCCUGUAAAUAUCCAAAAAACUUUAUAUUUUUUUUAUCUUUAUGGCAUUCAGAGUGAGCUGC